AGAGAGAGAGAGAGAGAGAGCGCUCUGUACUGUAGCUGGAGGAAAAGAUCAGCUUUACUGUAAUCAGUGACAGCUGGGGGAAAAGCAAGGGGACGCACGGAGAGAGGGACAGAGAGAAGGUAAAGAGUGGAGGAAUAAGGGAAAGGGGGACUUCAGCAAACACACAUCCCAACCCCUCCUCUCCUCUGUAGUUUGCCGUCGGAGGAACAAGUUAAUCUGCCUUUUGAGAUACCGAGGCGCGGAGGGGUGAGGAGUUACAGAAAGGACAGGCAGCAGGACGAAGGGAAAGGAUCCGGAGAGAGGACCUCCUCAUCUUCUCCUCCUCCUCCUCCUUCUCCUCGGUGUUCUCUCCACCAUCUCCGUGUGUGUGAGAGUGUGUGUGAGUGAGUGAGGGUGUGUGUGUGUUUCUUCCUCACGAUGGGAAACGCGGCGGCCGCCAAGAAAGGCAACGAGCUGGAGAGCGAGACUUUUGUGAAAGAGUUUUUAGCCAAAGCCAAAGAAGAUUUCCUACGAAAAUGGGAAUGUCCACCACAGAGCACAACUACCCUCGACGACUUCGACAGACUGAAGACCCUCGGCACAGGCUCCUUUGGAAGAGUCAUGUUGGUAAAACACAAGGGAACAGAGCAGUUUUACGCCAUGAAAAUCCUGGAUAAACAGAAGGUGGUGAAAUUGAAGCAAAUAGAACACACACUAAACGAGAAGAGAAUAUUACAAGCAGUAUCGUUUCCCUUCCUCGUCAGACUGGAAUAUGCCUUCAAGGAUAAUUCCAAUUUGUAUAUGGUGAUGGAGUAUGUACCGGGCGGUGAGAUGUUUUCACAUCUAAGAAGAAUUGGAAGGUUCAGUGAACCCCACGCACGGUUUUACGCAGCACAGAUAGUCCUGACCUUUGAGUACCUCCACUCGCUAGACCUCAUCUAUAGAGACUUGAAGCCUGAAAACCUGCUUAUUGACCAGCACGGAUACAUACAGGUCACUGACUUUGGGUUUGCAAAAAGGGUGAAGGGCAGAACUUGGACGUUGUGCGGAACCCCAGAGUACCUGGCACCAGAGAUCAUUCUUAGCAAGGGAUACAACAAAGCUGUGGACUGGUGGGCACUGGGGGUGCUCAUAUAUGAAAUGGCUGCAGGCUACCCCCCGUUCUUCGCAGACCAACCCAUUCAGAUCUAUGAGAAGAUUGUGUCUGGAAAGGUACGAUUUCCGUCCCACUUUAGUUCAGAUUUGAAAGACCUGCUGAGGAAUUUGCUUCAGGUCGACCUGACGAAACGGUACGGCAACCUCAAGAACGGCGUCAACGAUAUUAAAAACCACAAAUGGUUUGCUACGACAGAUUGGAUCGCCAUCUACGAGAGGAAGGUGGAGGCUCCAUUCAUACCAAAGUGCAGAGGCCCCGGAGACACGAGCAACUUCGACGACUACGAAGAGGAGGACAUCCGCGUAUCUGUUACAGAAAAAUGCGCAAAAGAGUUUGCAGAGUUUUAGUGUGGACAUAUCAGAGCUAUACGUAUACAUAUAUACGUAUAUGUAUUUAUCUAUCUACAUAUAUAUAUAUGUAUAUAUAUGAGUGUGUGACUGUGUGCGUGUGAAUGCGCGUGCGGGUGUGUCUAUCACACGACAGACAAAAUAAGGGGAUCUUUGCACUCUAACGGCGUGGAGAUGGAGCAGAGACCACAUCACCAAUCCCAGUUCCUGCAUAGUUCCUUCAUUCCACCUGGUACACUCAGUGGUCAACACGGCCCUUGUGCUUCUACAGCACUUAUCAUUACACGUUACUUUACACGUUACACUGUCAUCACUUUGUUUUAGUCUUUUGACAACAUGCAUUGUUGUCUUGGAUGCUGUUUCCCCAGUUUUUUUAAAGGGAUAGUUCAAUGAAAAGUCAAAUGUCCAGUUUUAACCUUUACUCCAAAAGAAAUCAGCCAGACAAGACAUGUUUGUCAUCUGAAGUUCACUUCUUUAGUUUUGCACUAGAGCCACGAGGCUAAUGUAAUGGAAGCCUGUAGCUGUGUCCCAAUUCUGGGGCUGCGUCCUUUGAAGGACGCGCCCUAUGAAGGAUGUAUAGACCCCAAAAUGUCUGCUCUAUGGCGAUUUUCCUGUUCUUGUUCUUACAUCACGAAACGCCGCUCCUGUCAGGUUCUUUUGAAGUUCUUCAGAGAUGUAGCCAGAAACCUUUCGUUUAUUUUACUUUAUUUUUUCAUUUAUUAGAGCUGGAGAUCCCCCGCCGCAUAUGAAGGAGUCUUCAUAAUGGUACAGCCUAGUCGCGCCUUCAAAUGCAGCCCCUGAAUUGGGACACGACCAAAAGGACUUCUGUUACUUGUUAGCUGCAUUAGCAAAACUGAAGAACCAAACCUUCAGACAACAAACGUGUCUCUACUCAUUGAUUGUUUUGGGCUAAAGGGGGAAAAUAUGUACAUUUGUUUUUUUGCUGUAUCACUUUGAAGGUCAGUGGAAAAGGGUUUUGUACAAUGAGAGUGGGACUUGUGGGAAAGGCCAACAGACCUCGCGAUGUGUCAACACAGUAUGGCUUCGUGUCAGUUGUGAUGCUGGCAGUGUCACAUGGUUGUGAUUUGAAAGAUAGAUGUUGCCUCUAGCACUCAAGUUUUGUCUGUUACAUUUGUUUCUUUGCUUUUGUUUGUUGUUUUUCUCUACUUUUGACUUGUUCUCUUACCUCACACUAGACCUCUGACCAUUUUUUGGCCAGCUUUUUUUAAUUUGAGGUACUGCUUGUUUCUUGUUCAUAUCUGGCUGUUAGAUUUGAAAAGGUUUGACUUCAGCCAACGAGAGAGUGGAAAGCCUGACCAAAACUACUGAGCUGAGAUGGAGAUCCUCCAUAUUUGCCUUAGGAAGCCCAACACUACUGAUCCCACUUAGGGAUGGAUCGGUAGUAAGAGAUCAACGUUUUAAACAAAUUAUCUGCAUCAGACUGGUGAUUGGAUUUGACUGAUAUUUUAAACUGAUGUUUUAUGACGCAUUUAUUGGACUCCAGAAGAACAGAGCAGAGCAUUGAGGGCAGUGGUUCUCAGACUGGUCCUCAGGGACCCCUGGGUGGUCCAUAUUUUUGCUCUAUCCCUACGGGUUGGAGCAAAGCUGUGGACUGUCUGGGAAUCUCUGAGAAUCAGUUUGAGAACCACUGGUUUACUGCACUGAACUGUCGGCAUUUUAUUCAUUUUACUGCAUUUAUAACACUUUACAAAUGUUACAUUUUCUCCAGAAUGCUAGUUUAGUGGAUGGAGUCCCAGUUUUGAAACCUCUUUAAAUCUGCGCACAUCGGCAUUUGCAGAUAAUCACAUUAGAAAUAUCGGAUAUCAGCCCAGAAUUCCCAUAUUGGUGCAUCCCUACACUUAAUAUAUGUCGUUAUGUUACAGUGAUCCUUACGCAGCCUUAUGUUACAGAGAUAGCCCAGCCUGCCCACACUAAAACACUCAAUUCACACUGAUGUCUUGGCUUUUUUAGCUUCUUUUACAAACAUAUUUUUUGUCGGUAACACUUUACUGAAGGGUAGCGUUCAUACACUACGACAUCUAUAUAAACCUUUCAUAACACUGACAUAAACCUAUAUAACCUACAUUUAUAAAGGCUUAUUACACCAUGUCAUGUCAACACAUGCUGAGAUGAAACUACAUUAAAACGGACAAUAGUGAUAUUUGGUGCAUGUUGGAAUCGGCCUUUAAAAUGUUAUGUACACUCUUAAAGACGGUUCUUCACGGUUUGUUUUAGUAAACAAAAUGGUUCCACAUAGAACCCUGAACACGUACUGAAUGAUUAAAGUGUUCUUUGCAUCAUGAAAUGGUUCCUAGGGUUGAUGGAGAAUGUGCUGUAGAUGAUUCUAUAUAGAACCUUUUUGAAAAGCGUUCCAAAAAAGGGCUCUGCUGUUGUUACAAGCUUGACAUCGUAACAAUAGGAGAACCCUUUUCAAAAGGGUUCUGUGUAGAACCAUAUGUAACACGUUCUCCGUCGGUCUGAAGAACCAUUUCAUGAUGCAGAGAACCUUUUAAUCAUGCAAAGGAUUCAGUGAGUGUACAUGGUUCUAUAAAGAAUGGUUUUCUUUACUAAAGAACCCUUGAAGAACCAGCUUUUUUAAGGGGUAGGGUCGUGUCAGUUGUCAUGAAAGGCUUAUGGAUACUGCCGCUCAGCAGAGUGUUAGUGUUGUGGUGAACUCCAGAUGUUUUUCUGUUGUCUAAACAAAUAUUUUCCGCUUAAGAUGCUUAAAAUAUUUAAGAUUUGGCUCAGAACUCUUCAAAAUUCAAAGUACUAUAUAUUUGACUAAAAUGUAGUAUUAAGAACUGCCACAAUGGUCUCCUGACAGCAUUGUAGUUUGUUCUAUUAUCCGUGAUCUUUUCUUGUGUUCUUGUUCUUUGCUGAAACUAAUUCCUGAUCAUGAAACUUAAAUGCGCGAAGCCUGUCGAUUUUGCCUGUUUUAAAGCUGUCGAAUAUUUAAGCUACAGAGUUCUUACAAAAUUCAGAAAUUCCUAAACUGUCAGAAUUCAUUGCUCCCUACUGUCCCCGAUCUUGCACCCGUUUUUGCUGUUGAACUUCUGUCCUUCUUUCUUUCGUUCUCAUGACAGGACUAGUUGCAACUUGUAGGUUUGCGUAUCGUUUGCAAAGCUUGAUUUCUAAGGUACGUUUCUCACAGACCCACAUACUGAAAAGGAUUUGAAAAAGGAUUCAAGAAAAACAGAACAGACUGGGGUUUGCUAGCCUCGGCUCCUUUUUAUCACAAUUCAGUUGUUGUUCUGCUCAUAAUGCAUAUAUGCAUUGUUUCUUAUAUCUGUUUUUAUUUAUACACAUUAGAGAUGCUAAUAAAUUUUAUUUUUAAAAUUG